AUGGAACCAAAUUCAACAUUGGAGUUUGGAAUAACAUCCUGGACCCCUUCUCAGGAGGACAACGACUGGGUACAAAUAGACGCUUUAGCAUUUCACAUAGAAACCUAUUAUUUGUGGGCCAUCUUUGCCUUGGGAUUUCCAGGAAACUGUUUCACCAUCAUCACAAUCAUCAAGAUGUCCCCUCAGAGGUCCCUCGCUGUAUACAUCGCCCUCCUCGCCAUCGUCGACAACCUCGCCAUCGUUAACAAGCUUCUGAUGUUUGUCCUCACAGACAACGGAGUCCAGAUUGGAAUAUAUGGCUGCAAGUUUCUAGGAUUCUUUGGGAACUUCCUCAUAACGUACGGCAACUGGCUUCUUGUUGGACUCUCUGUGGAGAGAUUUGCUGCAGUGUGGUUCCCUUUCCAGAUAGGCAAGAUCUGGACCUUCAGGAAAUCCUUGACAGUCGUGAUGUCGAUAACCUUGCCUCUCGUUGGGCUCUUUCUUCAUCUCUUCUGGACGAUGGAUUAUCAUUAUUAUGCUUCCACCAAGAGUGUUUUCUGUAACAUCAACGGGAAAUACAUCUAUUUCAUGGUUGAUGUGUGGAACUGGAUUAACGUCCUUGUGUAUGCUGUAAUCCCGUGUGUCCUUCUUCUCAUCUUCAACCUGCUCAUCAUUGCAGGAAUUGUAAAAUCUACCAAGACUCGCAAAUACCUGAAUAGAAGCGGCUCGAAAACUGACAGUGCCCAAGCGGAUCGACACCGUCAAAUCACUAUCAUGCUCGUGACAUCAGCGAUUGCCCUUGUGGUUCUUACUACACCGAGAUGUGUGUUGCUGAUAAUGUCCCCCUACUUGAACCCUUCUAACAAGUCUAUGGAGGGAGCGGUUCUUUAUCUCAUUGACACAAUCGCCUAUGUCGAGUGUGAUUCCACCCAUGCGAUCAACUUCUAUCUCUAUUCUCUGAGUGCUAGAAGAUUCAGAUGUCAGUUCCUUGAAUUUUGUUGUAAACGUAAAUCUGAAGUUGUAAGCUCCCAGUACAUCAGUAUGGGUAGUCGGUCGUCAACACAUUGGCAGACAUAG